AUGUUCGCCGGAAAAGCUGUGACAAUUCAAGUGCCUUACAUCUUCAAGCACUUGGUUGAUUCGCUACCCGUCGAAGCGGUAGAUGUUGCAAUGACUACUGAUGCUGCAAGUGCUGCUGGUAUACCCAUAUUGGCUUUGUUGCUAGGAUAUGGCAUGUCGCGAGCUGCGAGCUCUGGAUUCAAUGAGUACCGAAACGCCAUUUUCGCUCGUGUUGCACAAGAAACGAUCCGUAAAGUUGGUCGCAGCGUAUUUGACCACGUCCACAGUCUAGACCUUCAGUUUCACCUGACCAAGAAUACUGGCCAAGUUAGUAGGAUCCUCGACAGGAGCAACCGUUCCAUAUCUUAUGUUCUCAAUGCUCUAGUGUUCCAUAUUGUUCCAACAGCGGUAGAGGUUGGGCUUGUCGCGUCUUUAGUUGGGUAUCAGUUCGGCACUUCACAUUCCGUGGUCAUCCUGACUACAAUCGGUGGAUACACUGCCUUUACUGUUGCCAUUACACAAUGGCGUACCAAAUUUCGACGAGACAUGAAUCGUCUUGAGAACGAGGCAUCUGGCAGGGUUGUUGACAGCCUUGUAAACUUUGAAAACGUUCAAUACUUUAAUAACGAAACACAUGAAGGAGACCGAUACGAAUCAUCUCUAAAAGGGUACCAGAAGGCGUCAUUGGAAGCUCAGAAUUCCCUCAGUCUGCUCAAUUUUGGCCAAGCAGCAAUUUUCAGUAUCGGGCUAACUUCUAUCAUGUAUCUUACGUCGCAACAAAUCAUUGCUGGAGAUGCAACAGUGGGCGAUCUAGUUCUUGUGAACGGACUACUCUUUCAGCUUUCGCAGCCACUCUUCUUUAUCGGAUCAGUGUUUCGGGAGGUUCGUCAGUCUCUUCUAGACAUGGAACAGACCUUUGGCUUGCUGGAUAGAAAACCGAGUUUGAGUGAUGACGGGAAAUCGCUGUAUGAUCCGAGCGCAAUGGGCACAGACAUAACACUCGAAAAUGUAAAGUUUUCUUACCCUGGUGGAGCAGCUCGUUCCAUACUGAAUGGGGUCAACUUGGAAAUAAAAGGGGGAAAGACAGUUGCUCUAGUCGGUAGCUCAGGAUGUGGCAAAUCAACCAUUCUUCGACUUCUCUACAGGUUUUACGACCCUACGAAUGAUGAUGGUACCAUAUCUGUAGGUUCCCAAAGGCUUUCAGACCUGAAAAUAGACAGCCUGAGGAGAAGCAUAGCCGUGGUGCCGCAGGAUACUGUACUAUUUCAUGAGUCUAUUGGCUAUAACAUUCACUAUGGUAACCUUGAUAGUCCGUGGGAAGACGUCAUCGAUGCUGCGAAGAAAGCCAAAAUACACGACACUAUCAUGUCCUUCCCAGAUGGAUACGACACGGUUGUGGGAGAGCGCGGUCUCAAGCUCUCGGGAGGUGAAAAACAGAGAGUCGCAAUUGCGCGAGCCAUCAUGAAGGACGCAGAUAUCAUUCUUUGUGACGAACCAACUUCAUCUCUCGAUUCAAUGACAGAAACAGAUAUAAUGAACAACAUUAAACAGUUGGGAAAGAACCGCACAACGAUCAUCAUUGCGCACAGACUCUCCACCAUUCAGGACUGUGAUGAAAUUAUAUGUCUUCACGAGGGCACGGUCGUUGAACGCGGAACGCACGAGGAGUUGCUGCGUCAGAACGGACGUUACAACGACCUUUUGAAAAUGCAAAAUAGUUCUUAG